AUGGUUAACGGACGCCCUAGUGACGCUGCUGAGCUCGCAAUUCCCGUUGCACCUGUAGUUAAGCGCAAGAGACGAGCUUCGUGCUUAGGAGAACAUGAGAGACGAGAGCGCAAACGUGCGAUAGACCGGGAAGCUCAGCGGUCGCUUCGGGAGAAGACAAAGACACAUAUUGCUGAACUAGAGCGGACGAUACAGAUCUUACGAGAUCAAGACCGAAAUGUAGCGACAGCGAAUCUGCUUUCCGAGAUCGACAAUUUACGAGCAGAGAACGAACGCUUACGAGAUGUUAUCGACUGCGUCAAAAGUGUUGUUGGGAACGAGGUCGCACCGAGAACGAGUACAGCAACAGAGCAUCCACCACCGAACGGAGGUGUGAUAGCUUCACCAGCUUCUUCAAGCAACGAGCACCGAUCGCCCAAACCGUGCACAGUAUCUUUCGUCGACGACAUCAAGCCUUCACUCCCUACACCUACAGAUCUGCCUUCUUCGUACGACUUUAGUGAGCAGAGUGGGAGUGCCAAAUUGGUCGACCUGGACGGCAUGAGCAUCACUGGUGUACACACGUCGUCCGCCAGGAACCUAGACAUCGAUCUGGAACCAGUGGAAGAGAUUUCUACGGAGACCAUUACAGAGAUGCAAAGAGACCGCCAGGUCGAUAUAAAAGACUGGGAGAACAACCCAGUAGCAGCUUACUGGGGACCGUUAAUGCUAGAAUUCUUCGGCGAUAACUGGCACUGUCCCUCUCCAACCAUCAUCCACAUCGGCACUCCGGACUCUUUGACGCCAAUGACCUCGAUCACCGUGUGUCCGAUCUGGAAGCAGGUCAAUGAGCUAUUUGAGAAGAUAUAUAGCAGCUGCAUUCCAGCACGCACACAGUAUGCCACUCUGUACGGAAAGCCAUUGUCGGCACCAGCAGAGGCUGGACUGCUGUAUCUCGGUAUCAAGGAAGGCUGGACCAGCAUAUCCGACGAAUGGAUGCAGAGCCCGGCGCUCGUCGUCUUGAAGCAAGUCGACGAGUUUCUGUUCUGCCAUCUGCCUAAGGUGAAGCGCCUAGCCUCGGCCUACAAAAGCUUCAAAUUGCUGAAGUACUAUCUCAACCGCAACGAAGAUCAGCUGUCUACAGUCCCCACAUGGCUGCGUCCCAGCGUCAUGCAAUCAUCCAAUACACAUCCCAUCGCUAUCGAUUUCUUCGCCUGGCCCACACUACGCGAUCGCUUUGUCAGUCAGCACUCGUCCAUCUUCCAGACCUCAGCCCUAUCGCACGUGUACGGCCGGUAUCUAAAGUUCGACUGGCCGUUUGCCUUCGAAGAUGCAUUCUUCCACGAUGAAGCCACCGGGUACCAUUACCCAAGUCCGCUCUUCGAGAGGUACCACGGGGAUUUGAGGUAUUGGAGUGUAGCGAAUGAGUUUUAUGAGAAAUUUCCUGAGAUGCGGGCUGACAUUGAGGGGGAUCGAAGGAGGUUUGCUGAGGAUGUGGGCGUGUAG